UUUAGUAGGCAACCGUUUGUAAUAACCUCAAACAUACACAUUGAAUUGACAAUUGAGCAUCGUAGUUAACCUUGUUUAUGCAGUCAGUUGUUGCGAGGUUCUUGGUUUGGUAAACACGUGUUUUUUUUUCGGUUCUUGUGAAAAAUGGGUGUAGCGAAGAAACAGAAGCCCAAGAAGAAGGUGACGAAGGUUCAGCAGGUGGAGAAGGUCGAGGACGUGCAGUUGCCGGCGAAGAGGGUCUCCGACGAACCAAUAGAAAAGAAGGUUAGAUGGACAAACAAGGAGAGGGUGCUGGUGUUUGCGGCGCGCGGUAUCGGGCACAGGGACAGGCACCUCAUGGAGGACCUGAAGAAGCUGAUGCCGCACCACAAGAAAGAAUCUAAGAUGGAGAGGAGCAAAACCUUGGAGAUUGUAAAUGAGAUGUGCGAGAUGAAGAAUUGCUCGAAGGCUGUCUUGUUCGAGGGUCGCAAGCAGAUGGAUCUGUACAUGUGGCUUUCGAAUAUACCAAAAGGACCUUGCGUCAAGUUCCUCGUACAAAAUGUUCACACGAUGGCUGAAUUGAAAUUCAGCGGCAACUGUUUGACUGGCUCCAGACCUUUGUUGAGCUUCGACCCACUCUUCAACGAGAAGCCCCACUACAGCGUGAUGAAGGAGCUGCUGACGCAGGUGUUCGGCGUCCCCAAUCAUCACCCGAAGAGUCAACCGUUCUUCGAUCACGUCUACACGUUCACCAUCCUCGACAACAGGAUAUGGUUCAGGAAUUUCCAGAUCCUCUCCGUAGAUGGAGCGUUAGCUGAAAUCGGGCCCAGAUUCUGCUUGAAUCCGGUGAAGAUCUUCUCGGGAAGUUUCACCGGAGACGCACUCUGGCAGAAUCAGAACUACAUCAGUCCGAGCAGGUAUCGCAGGGAGAUAGUGAAGGGAGCGAAGAUCAACAGGUACACGGAUAAAGUGCACAAGAAGGCGUACAACGAAGUGCACAGGCCUAAAGAGACCAACGAGCUGACGCCUUUGGAUGAUAUAUUCACCGGGGAUGCGGCGGAGAAGGCCGAGGAGAUUGCGAAGAAAGUGGCGGAGAAGAAAAUCGUAGAAGAAAAAGUUGCAGCUGUUAUCAAAAAGAGUCCUAAAAAGGUGAAAGUUAAGACGGUGGCGGAGAAGAAGACGGCAGGGAAGGUGAUCAAGAAGGCUAAAUUUAAGACGAUGAAAACUAAUAAGAAGGUUAAGAAAACUGCGAAAAAGGCGUAAGUUCUCCACUCCCAAACCUUUUCAAUAAGUUUCUUUCUAUUAAUUAAAUAUUUUUGUUUCCUUCUUUACAAUUA